GAGCGGCGGCUAGCGGUCCGCCAAUGGGGAGCGAGGCCACGCGCGCGGGGCGGUGGGAACUGCGCAGAGUCGGUGUGUACGUCGGUUGCCGUAACAACGGGAAGUGGAAUCCAUCCGGGAUGGCCUCUAACUUUAAGAAGGCAAACAUGGCAUCAACUACCCAGCGAAAAAGGAUGAGUCCUAAACCUGAGCUUACCGAAGAGCAGAAACAGGAAAUUCGAGAAGCCUUCGAUCUCUUUGAUGCUGACGGAACUGGGACAAUUGAUGUUAAGGAACUUAAGGUGGCAAUGAGGGCCCUGGGCUUUGAACCGAAAAAAGAAGAGAUCAAGAAAAUGAUAAGCGAAAUUGAUAAGGAAGGGACAGGAAAAAUGAACUUUAGUGACUUUUUAACUGUGAUGACUCAGAAAAUGUCUGAGAAGGAUACCAAAGAAGAAAUCUUGAAAGCCUUCAAGCUCUUUGAUGAUGAUGAGACUGGGAAGAUAUCAUUCAAAAACCUCAAACGUGUGGCCAAGGAGUUGGGUGAGAACCUCUCUGACGAGGAGCUGCAGGAAAUGAUUGAUGAAGCUGAUCGAGAUGGAGACGGAGAAGUCAAUGAGCAGGAGUUCCUGCGCAUUAUGAAGAAGACGAGCCUUUAUUAAAAUCAGUCUCAGCUUUUCUACCAUGAGCACAGGGAACUCGGUUUAGUGCCUGCCGUUGUGUGAAGCCUGGUUUUUGAAAAUGUAAAUUAUUUUUUUUUCCCCACUGACGUCUCGAUAUAACUUUAGUAACAACUCUAAAUCUAUUUUCAACUUUUGAAAGUGUUCUUUGAAAUUGAGGUUGUUUGUAAGGUUACUGGGUGACUGCUUUAAUUCCCCAGGGCAGAACAAAAGCAUGUUAGAAUGGAGAAAAGGGUCUUUGAGCUUUCACCCACCUGCCAUUCUGCCUUGUAUUGCUUAACUCUUGUCCUGCAUUCCCACAUUUAUGCCACUGCCAAACAACUUCUCAAGCACACAUUGUACCCAUGUCACCACAAGCAGAGAGCAUCUCUUCAAUGGUUCCAAUUUUAAUUGACACCUGAGUACAGCUUUCUCUUUUAUAAAACCCAGUGAACUCUUCCUUGCAUUUGGAUGUGUGUGUAUGUAUGGGCUAUUUGUUUUAUCUUCAAAUAAAGCCUUUCUUAUUUGA